CCCUUCGGUUCGACCACAUCUCCCCUUCCCCUUCUCUCCUCUUCCCAAGUCCCGCUCCCAUGCCAUCCCGACCCUAACCACACAUGGCUCUCUCCUCCCGCGCCGCUGCCUUCCCCCAAGUCUCCCUCCCCUCUCCCCGCCCGCGCCCAGCCGCCGUCUCCCUCCGGCCCCCGUCCCCCCUGCGCUCCCUGCGGCUCGACCACGUCAUCCCCGCCGAUGCUACGGAGCUCGGAGUCGGCGGUGGCGGGCCCCUCGCUGCCGCCAUCGAGCACCUCGAGCGGGAGCCCGCCGCCGCGGCGGACGACAGGGCCCCGCUCUCUGAGCUUUCCCCGCGGGAGCUCCAGCUUGUGCUUGUCUACUUCGCGCAGGAGGGCCGCGACGCCUAUUGCGCGCUCGAGGUCUUCGAUUGGCUGCGCCGCGCCAACCGAGUCGACGGCGAGACCAUGGAGCUCAUGGCAGCCAUCGCCUGUGGCUGGAUCGAGCGCCUCGUGGGAGCGGGGGGCGACGUCGCUGAUGUCUCCGCACUUCUGGGGGAAAUGGACUGCGUCGGUCUCCGCCCUGGGUUUAGCCUCGUCGAGAAGGCCGUCGCUCUCUACUGGGACCGCAGCGAGAGGGCGCGCGCCGUUGAGUUCGUCAGGGACGUACUCAGGAGGGGGAACGUAGGCGUCGGAGGGGAUUUCGACGGCGAGCGUGGAGGCCCAGUUGGCUACCUCGCCUGGAAAAUGAUGAUGGACGGGGACUACAGGGAUGCUUUUAAAUUGGUAAUUGAGUUCAAGGAGAGUGGGCUGAACCCUGAAGUAUAUGGCUAUCUUAUUGGGUUGACUUCCUUGGUAAAAGAGCAAAAGGAAUUCUCCAAGGCAUUACGUAAAUUGAAUUUCUCAGUGAAGGAUGGCUCAGUUUCCGAACUAGAUACGGAGAGCAUGCACAGUAUCGAGAAGUACCAAUCAGAAUUAUUAAGGGAUGGUGUUCUGUUAUCAAAAUGGGCUGUUCAGGAAGGCAGCAGUGAGGUUCUAGGACUUGUGCAUGAGAGGCUCCUUUCAAUGUACACUUGCGCUGGUUGUGGCUUAGAAGCUGAGCGAGAACUUUGGGAAAUGAAGCUUGUUGGUAGGCCACCUGAUACGCAGCUCUAUGAUGUUGUUUUGGCCAUUUGUGCUUCUCAAGGAGAAGGUGCUGCUGUUCGACGAUUGCUUGCAGGUAUCGAGUCAACCAGUGCAGGAAGAAGGAAGAAGUCGAUGUCAUGGCUACUGCGAGGUUAUGUCAAAGGUGGUUUCUAUCUGGAUGCCUCAGAAACAUUAAUGCGGAUGCUUGAUUUGGGCUUAUGUCCUGAGUACCUGGACAGAGCUGCCGUACUGACCGCACUGCAGAGAAACAUACAGCAAUCCGGCAACCUAGAAUCGUACAUGAAACUCUGCAAGCGGCUGUCUGAAACAGAUAUGAUCGGACCUUGCGUCAUAUAUCUAUAUGUACGCAAAUUCAAGCUGUGGAUGAUGCACAUGUUGUGAGCGUUUCAACAAAGCCUUGAAUCAUAUACAUGCAUGAUGAUUAUAGGCAAGUACAAACUGUAGGUCCUUGAUGCUUUCAUAGCUUUGAUGAACGAGUUGUAGAAAAGACCCGACUGCGGUGAACUAGUUGAUGCAUAAUCAUGGUUCUUGUAUAUCUUUUUUUCACAUUGAGCUCUUUAUGAUUGUUCAUCCCAUUAGAGCUAUCAUAUUGUUGGACAAGGUACCAUCCAUUUGUGUGCUAAUUCGAAGGUGCUAGCCGAUGUAGUGUAGCAUAUAUGAAGAAGGAAUUGUUGAUCAAUGUACACUUUAUGUGAAGGGUCAUUUACAUGUAUAGUUCAAAAGAGAAAGGAACCCGUAAAGUUGUGAUACA